UUUGGCUAGAGAAAUUCUCACUCUCACUUGCCCGCUCUACUAAACAACAGAGAGAGCUUAAAACAAACUCAGUGUUAAAAGAGAGAGAAAUUUGGGGAAGAAAAUGGCCGAUUGCCCUAAAUUUCGAAUAUGGUCUUCGCUUAUUUUGCUUGUUUUUGCUCGUUUGGCUUCGGAAAUCGCAGCUGAAGAUGGAUUGGUGGCAAACGGCGACUUCGAGACAAUCCCAACUGGCGGGUACCCAAACGACGGAGCAAUAGAAGGGCCCACUACGAUUCCAAGUUGGACAUCAAACGGCACCGUCGAGCUAGUGGAGUCGGGGCAAAAACAAGGUGGGAUGAUCCUCAUCGUACCGGAAGGUAGACACGCAGUGAGAUUAGGGAACGACGCAGAAAUAAGCCAAGAGCUGAAGGUGGAAAAAGGGGCACUGUAUUCUGUGACCUUCAGCGCCGCUCGUACCUGCGCCCAGCUCGAGUCCCUGAACGUAUCGGUUCCACCUGCAUCGCAGACCAUAGAUCUUCAGACAUUGUACAGCGUCCAAGGGUGGGACCCUUACACUUACGCUUUCGAACCCGAGGAUGAAACGGUGCGUUUGGUGUUCCGCAACCCUGGCAUGGAGGAUGACCCCACCUGUGGCCCCAUCAUUGACGAUAUUGCUAUCAAGAAAGUCUUUAUUCCUGAUAGGCCUAAAGACAAUGCGGUGAACAAUGGAGAUUUCGAAUCCGGUCCAUGGAUGUUCAGAAACGGUUCACUGGGCGUGUUAAUUCCGACCAAUCUCGACGAAGAUACGUCGUCCUUGCCAGGUUGGAACGUGGAAUCAAACAGGGCCGUCCGAUACAUCGACUCGUACCAUUUCAGCGUCCCACAAGGCAAACGAGCUAUCGAACUUCUUUCGGGAAAAGAAGGUAUAAUCUCUCAAAUGGUCGAAACGACGCCGGAUAAGCCGUACACCAUGACGUUCUCUCUGGGCCAGGCCGGCGACAAGUGCAAGCAGCCACUGGCCAUAAUGGCGUUCGCCGGAGAUCAGGCUCAGAACUUCCACUACACGCCCGAUUCCAACUCCUCGUUUCAGAGCGUGAACCUCAACUUCACGGCCAAGGCCGACAGAACCAGGAUUGCGUUUUACAGUGUCUAUUACAAUACGAGGACGGAUGAUAUGAGCUCCCUCUGUGGGCCGGUCGUUGACGAUGUUAGGGUUUGGUUUUCUUCCUCUAUCAGAAAUGGGCCUGGAUAUUUGGGUAUGGGAGUUGGGCUUGGCCUUUGGUUAAUUAUGUGGGCCUUGCUUUAGGCCUGGUUUUGAAUUCGGCAGAAUUGUCUUUUUUGCCUAUGUGGAGUUGUGGCAAGAACCACUCUCGACCAAAAUGCCUUAGUUUAUAUUGCGUGCUUUGCUUUAGAAUUUAAUUUUGCUAAGUAAUGUGAGUCCGUAAAUGGUAAUAUAGUCUCUUGCCUUUCUUCCA